AUGGAGAAGCCAGUGGAAGGGCGAAAUGAAUACUUCUACUAUAAUCAAGCAACAGUGAAUGCAAUGAUGGCAGCUCUUUUGCGCAUGUCUGAUAAACCAGGUCUUUAUGAGCAGUUUUUUUGUAAAGGCUCAUACAGCUACAUCUGGAGCGACAUUAUUGAUACGAGGGACCGCAUCUAUCUUACACUUGAACUAGACCAACCUAUGCCAAAAAAGAGAAUUCAUGACCUAUCAAUCAAAUCAGGUCAACAGCCUUUAGAAAUCGAUCAAACUAAAGGUUACAUGGCUUCUAUGGAUUUGAUAGGUAGCAGGUUAAUGGUUUUACAAGAAAACCAAAUUAACGACGAACAGGCAAGUGCUGCUAGCGACAAUAUUGCUCCCAAUACAACUAAUGACAAUACUGAUGGAGACACGGUCAUGGAAGAUGCUUGGGAUGACUCUAAAGAAGAUAGUAUGGAAUACGAAGGUGAAGAGUUUGAAAUAGACAUCUUGAAUCAAAAGCUAUUCAUGAGAACAGUUACUGCUGCUAUUCAAAAGCUUCAUACAGAGAUUACUCCUCCUGGUGAAGAUCCUAUACAUAUGCCGAAAUGGAUGCAGGAUAUGAACAAUGCUUUUACAUCAAACGAUGAUAUCAAAAUUCAAGUGUAUAUGGCAAAACUCAUUGUUAAUUGUCCCUUUGCAUUUGAAAAAUAUGCUGAGCAUUGGGUUUUACCGCUUAUGACUUUUGUCACUCAGGGCCAUCAAUUUGGUACGCCCAUCAAUUACCUGACACAAGAUCUAUGCAUUAUCCUUGCUGUUUGGGGUCGACAGACCAGUAUACCUUCUCCCCAUUCAACAUAUUCAAGACGUACUUUGUUUGAGUUAUUUGAGUAUUUAAUCUCAAAUGCGUAUCAUCAUAGUCCUCGAAUUACAAGAAGCAAUAUCCAAAUCAUUAGAGGAAUUUUUGAGAAUUGGGGCAAAUGUUGCCCUAUUCCAACAAGAGCCAUUUACAAAAACUUUACUCACCCGGCAGGAGAAGAGCAUAAAAAUAUUGUUGGAUUACAGUUUGCUGGUAUUGUGUAUAGUAAUGGUGGCAACAUAUAUGAUUCAAACGAGUUUACAUCUCUUUAUGACUUGCCUGAACCAAUCUUUUUUUCGGAUAUGGCCAAGAAUAUAAUGUAUAAGGGUAGAAAGAGCGCAGACAUACCAGCGAAUGCAGCAGAGGUAACCGUAACUUAUCGACUCAACAGAUUAGAUGCUGAAGACAAGGUGCUUGCAUUAAAUUAUAUCAAUGCUUGCUGGUCUAAAGAAAGAGAUCAGGAUAUCUAUAACUGUUUGUACAGUGCAGGUAUCCCCAAAAAUUUUUCUAGUCGAGAUGAAAACCUUCAAAUAGUCAUCCUCAAAGUCCUUAAUACGAUAUUUGAAGUUUUAAAAAAGGAUCAAGUUAAAGAAAUUAUUAAGCAAACAUCAUUACACUUCGAGUUUUUAAAAAAAGCUUACGAAGGUGGCAUGAGUAAAGACAUGCAGCGUACCAUCAAAGCAGAAAUAUUGAAGGGGUUGGUCGACAAGGACGAGAGAAUUUCUUUUUCAAUACUCGACUUUGUCAAGAAAACAUGGGCAAUCACAGACGAUAUCAGAGCGACCAUUUUAACGAUCACAAGUGAAUUAUUUAUGGACGAGACUCAAGACAUCUAUCUUUUAUAUGCAACUCGUAUCGUACUUGACAAUACAAGAAGUACAUAUGAUAUCAAUGAGCCUUUAUUUGAUAAACCUUUACCUGAGGCAAGAUUUGAUGCUGGGUAUCAAAAGAUCAAUACAAACUGGCAGCAUAGCACUUCAUAUAUGAUGCCACUGUUCUCGGCUUCUCAGACAAGAACGUUGGAAAUUGAAGACUUGGAGCUUGAACUGAGAAAAACUCAAAGCUUGCUUGAAUUUAGCACAACACAAGGCACAGGAAGAUCCUUGGUGGCGACAUUCAAUCCCGACACCCAAGAAAAGGCCACCUCUGAAAAGUUGGAUGAUUUCUCUGUCGUUAAAGAUAUCUUUGCCCCCAAAAGAAAGGUGGAAAAAAAACCAAGCCCUUAUUACAAUAAGCGAUUCCUUGUUGAGACAAAAGGUGUUACUAGUCGCUUCCACGCUGAUCGUAAUGAACAGCUACAGAAGAAAUAUCGCAGCCUGUUAAAUUCAAUGAAAGAAGCAGGCGAGAAGAAGGUAUCCUUGAGUCGAGAGUACCGGGUCGGUGAACUGCCAGACGUUCAGAUUCCUCGACGAGAUUUGAUAUUUCCCCUUGAAAUACUCGCAAAGACGGAUCACAACAUCUCCCGUCUACUUUACAGCAGUUUGAUGGUCAGCAUUGUAAAUGAAAUGAAGCAAGAGUCAAACGGUGAAGAAUAUCAAGAAAAAAUUAUCAAAAUGAUUGAUAGUAACCUUCGAAGCAACACAGUUAAUUUUACACCAACUACUGGUUCCUUUUUGAGAAUUAUCUUUGAUCUCGGUGCACCUGUUGAUGGUUUGGUCAUUAAAGAAGCUAGUAGUAGAAGCUAUAAUCAUCAUAUUGGUAUUGCAAUUCUCGAAAAACAAUUGUCAGAUGGUGAUCUCAUACCUAGACGUAAGCUAUUUUUUAAUGCUAUUCGUUUCCUGCCACCAGCGAAAGAAAAAUGGAUUCAUUUGGCGUUACUCUAUCAACAUAUUGAUGAAUUAGAAAUCUUUCAAAAUACUUAUUUGGCUAAUGUAGCUACUAAUGAAUAUGCAAAAGCCGGUGUUAAAGCUCAAAACGGGGGUGAUUAUGCAACAUCUUUCAAUCAUUUUGACGAGGCCUUAAACAAGAGCAAUCAAAAUCAUGAUGUUAAUGUCACUGAAAAGUCUCUUUGGGAACAACAAAUGUUGUACUGUAGAACCCAGUUAGGACAAUGGGAUUUGAUUGCUAGAGAUACGCUUAGUAUGACUGAAAACAAUCUUGAACGAUUAUGGGACGAUUGUCAGGAUCCUUAUUUGGAAUACUUUAUGCGAAGUUUCUCCAAAUUAAAGAAGCAAGCAAUAGUUUAUCAACCUGACAUUUUAGAGGAUUCCGAACUAGUAGGAGGAUGGACUACAAACCAUCCUAAUCCUAUAUACCAAUUCUUGGACGAAGCUUAUGAAAAUGAACCUCAUAAACGAGAACUUUUCAAUGAUUUUGCUUGUGAAUGGACCUUGGUAGAAAUAUAUCGUCAAAAUUAUAGUCGUGGCAGACAACUCAUUAGCAAGUCAUACGAUUCAUUGUUGAAUGCAUGGACAACACUGCAUCCAUUGGCACAUACAAGUCGCUUGGCAAGACUAGGACAAUUGCAACGGACGGUAGAACUGGAAGACUAUCUUAAUCUUCAUAAGAGUUUUGAAGAUGGUACGAUUCAUGUAAACCAGGCCGAAAAUUUUGUAAAGCAGCUUAUGAUGAGGUAUCCCGAUACAAAAGUGGAUAGAAUGGACGUAUGGUAUGAUAUAUUAUACUCGCGCUUUGAGUUUCUAGAGAACAUGAAACAUUCCAACUUAGAGGUAACAAAGGAUUUGGAAUCACUAUUAGAUGAUGCUCGAGGACAAUUUUUAAAUGUGACAGGAAAAGCAGCACUUGAGCAGCAUAACACUACGUUCUUCACUAUUAUUUUAGACAAAUUGAAAGGCUUAAACAAAAUAAUUGAAAAUCAAAUUGGAUUCAUUGAAUAUACCCAACAUGAAUCAGAGCAUAAACCACUUGAUAGAAAACCCGGUUUCAUUGCUAGUACCAUUGUCAAGUCCUUGUUGUUUACGCCUCCUUCCAAUUGGAAUACAAUCGAAAACUUUAACUGGAAAAUGAUUCUUGUACAGUCUUUUGACACUGUAAAGAACCAGAUCAUCGCUGAGCCUACAUUAUUUGAAACAACGCUGAAUACAGGAAAGCAAAUUCUUCGGAAAUACGCUCGAAAGUUUGACUUUGAACGUUCUGUAUAUUUAUGGAAAUUUGGCAGAUAUUGCGAUGAAGCUCUGCAUGUAUUGCAAGACUCAAAGUCAACUCUUCAACCUGACAUUAAUGUGAUUCAGUAUAGUCAUAUUGUCAUCGAAAAUUAUUUUGAAGUUUUGGACCAUGAUAACAAGGAAGCACUUGAAUUCUUUCCCCGUUUGCUAGAAUUGGUAGAAUUAUAUCCUGAUAAUGGCCCACUCUUUAAAAAAUGCUCGAUGAAAAUUGAUGCUUGUUGGAAGUUUAUUCGCUGGAUUCCUCAAUUGGUUUCUUCUAUGGCCACACCAAUUGCUGCUUAUAUUUUCCCUAUUUUGACUCGCAUUGCAGAGAGCUAUCCUAGAGCACUGUAUUAUUCAUUCCAGAUGUCUUGUGAGUUUUAUGAACUCAAGAAAGACAAGUUAUCCAAAGAAGUCCGACAUCAGAUUGAGAAAAUCAUGCAUCUUGUUCGCUCUCCAAUCAUGGAACAAUUCUCAUACGAAUUAAAACGAUUGUCAGAUCCAGAUCAUAUUGCCAAAGACUUCGUGGAAUACAUAAGAGAAUUCUACAACCUUUUGCUCAACAAUUAUAGUGAAAAUAUGGGAUCAAUUCCAAAAAAGAUGGCAGCUGCUCAUGGUAGUUAUUUUAUUAGAAUGUUUGGAGAGAAUGGUAAAAACAUCUCCAAAUUGACUCCUAAGCAAUUGGAUGAGCUCCUGAAGUAUAUCAGAAGCCAUAUGGAGUUAAAAGGAGAAGAGAAAAAAUCACAUUCUAGACUAAGAGAAGAUCGAACAAAUAUUGCUUCUUAUUCCAAAUGGCUCUAUUCUUUUAAGAAUACUGAGCAUGACGAGGAAAUUGAAAUACCAGGCCAAUAUGAUGGCCACUCCAAACCAUUUCCUGAGAUUCAUGCAAUGAUUGCUUCAAUCAAUACCAAGCUCCUCAUUCUUGAAUCGCUAAGAAAGCCUAAAAGAAUCACUAUUUAUGGGACGGAUGAAAAAGAAUACAAUUAUUUGGUCAAAGGUGGAGAAGACUUGAGAUUGGAUGAGCGUAUUGAACAGCUUUUUGUUAUUCCUAUGGCUUCGAAUCUUGGUAUUAUUGAAUGGGUGAAUAAUACAGCUGCCUUGCAGUCCUGUAUUAAUAGUACUGGUGCUCAUCAAAUAUUGGUCAAAAGAGCAGUAGCUAGAUACAGUACUUGGAUUGAAACCUUUGGUAUUAUAAAUUACAAGAAAAAUGACCAUGGAUUUAUAGGAAAAUAUUAUUCUGCUUUUGCUGAUAAUCGAGAAAGAAUUGUCAGAGAAUUCAAUCGCUGCUCUGACUUUUUCCCUAGUACAUGGUUGAGGGACUUUGUCUUCAAAUUAGCAUCUUCUCCUGAAGCAUUCUUGUUCUUGAGAAAGGAUUUUACUUAUAGUUUGGCUUGUAUCUCUAUCUUUGGUUACUUGUUGGGUAUUGGCGAUCGACAUUUGCAAAACUUUUUAUUAGAUAUGAAGAGUGGCCGUUUGAUACCAAUUGAUUUUGGUUAUGCUUUUGGUGCUGCAACAGAAUUACUUCCUAUUCCUGAACUUAUUCCAUUCCGACUUACUCGUCAAUUGGUGGGUGUACUUGAACCUUUGGGAGUAUCGGGUAUUCUAGAAAAUGCAAUGACAAACAUAUUAAGUGCUAUCCAAGAUCAAAAGGAGUCUUUACUAAAUGUCAUGAGCGUAUUUGUCAAAGAACCUUUGUUGGAGUGGCAGAAAAAUGCUGCUCGAAUGAUUGAGUCUCAAAGUAAGUGGUACUUGCCUUUGUUGGCUUUCUUAACAUGCGUUCAUAAUAGGGAAAAAACAAUACAAUGGUAUCCUCAAAACAAGAUUGAAAUUGCAAAACGAAAGUUGAACAAAGAAAACCCAGCCAACAUUCUCAUUAUAGAACUUACAAAUGGCCAUGGAAAUAAGCACUAUCAUAAUGAUGCAGUCGCUAUAGCGAAAGGCGUACCUGACAUUGAUAUUAGAGCCAGAGUAGACGAUGCUUGCAGCGAAACAAAUGAGCAAGUAAAAUGUCUGAUUAACCUUGCUACAGAUCCUCGAGCUUUGGGUGUUACCUGGGCAGGUUGGCAAUCAUAUUUGUAA